GGACCAUUAUGUAUAUUCCAUUUCCCAAACCAUCCAAUUUCCUCUCUUUCUCUAUUAUAUAUAUAAUCUUCAUCUCUCUCUCUAUAUAUAUAUAUAACAUAUACAAUGUCUUAUACAAGAUCAUCACCUUCAUCAUCAUCCUCAUCGGCCACGUCAUCAUCAUCAUCAUCAUCAUCGGAAUCGGAAAGUUCAACCACCACAACAACAACCACAAGUAAUGUUCAAAUGGUUUCGAAAUCUGUAUCGGAAAGGCUUCUGGGAAAAUUCUUCGAUGCCUCACAAUACGAUUUCGAUUAUCAACAGAGUGGUCUUUGGUCUCCACCACUUCGCCGGAAAGCCUUCCUCGAUUCUCCCGCCGGUAAUGUUUGCUCCGACGUCGACCAACUUUUCUCCAACCUCAAAAAGCCCAAUUGGCCCAAACGCUUUUUCUCUUUAUUUGUUCAUGCUUUUUGGUGCACUAGAUGAAGGUUAAUAAUAAUAACUAUUAACUAUAUUAUUAUUAUUAUUAAUUAAUUUAUAUUUUUGUUAAGCUCCAUUAAUUUAUUUAUAAAUGCAAUGUAAUUUUUGUUGCACAAUUAAUAUAUAUUAUUAUUACAU